CGUCGAGCCCCCAACACGGAAGCGAGCGCAGGAGAAACAGCAACCGUAGUAGUCAACUCGGAGCGGCGGAGAGACAUGUAAAAAAAAAAAAAAAGAUAAACAACGGCCCACGACAGGCCCUGUGAAGUAAACAAACAACUCGUGCUGGUAGAUAAACAGGUAAAUAACGGCGGCGGGAUGAUUUUAGCGGCGUGUUUGGCGUUUUGGCUGCUGAGCUCGUCGGUGAGAGGAGCUCAGAAGGAGGGAGCGGACGACGACUGGGUUCAUCUUCCCAACAAAUGUGAAGUCUGUAAGUUUGUCACCAUCGAGAUGAAGAUGGCGUUCGAGGAGACGGGGAAGACCAAGGAAGUCAUCGAGAGGAACUACCGUUUCCUUGACGACAAGAGAGCCCCGCCCAUCAAAUACAUCAACUCAGACAUCAGGUUCAUAGAGGUUGUAGAAAAUGUGUGUCAGAGGCUGAUGGAGUACAACCUGCACAAGGAGAGGACUGGAAGUAACCGCUUUGCCAAGGGCAUGUCAGAGACGUUCUCCACGCUGCACGGUCUGGUGAACAAAGGCGUGAACGUGGUGAUGGAUAUUCCCUACGAGCUGUGGAACGAGACCUCGGCGGAGGUGGCCGACCUCAAGAAGCAGUGUGACAAGCUGGUGGAGGAGUAUGAGGAGGUGAUUGAGGACUGGUAUAAAGGCAGCCAGGAGGAAGACCUGACCACCUACCUGUGUGAGAAACAUGUUCUGAAAGGAAAGGACACAGGCUGCCUGCAGGAGGAGUGGAAACCGACGAAGAAGGGAGACCCGGCGGCCAUCGCGGAGGACAAGAAGAAGAAGAAGAAGAAAAAGGGCGGGAAGAAGGGGAAGGGCAAAAACGGGGAAGCGGCAGGAGGAGGCGACGGAGGCGACGGCAGCUCGGAGGGAGACAAGACGACCAAGAAGAAGAAGGAGAAGAAAGUGAAGAAGAAGAAAAAGAGCAAAGCCCCGGUGGACAAGCUGGACGGAGGAGGAGCGUCGUCGGACGAGGAGAUCCAGGCCAAAGUGUCUCUGCCCGGGCAGAAGACGGAGCUGUGAGCCCCGGCUCGGCUCUCCUGGAAAUGUAAAAACAUCUUAGCGCUGCCGGGACGUCGGCGGGUCCUGGGGAAGUCCUGGCCUCCUUACGUCUUCGGCUCAGCUGUGAGAGGACCUACAACCAUCCUGCUGGUGUUUAUUUAUGUUUUUUAUUUCGGUGUGUGCCGUUUCUCCGGUGAGAAAUCAGCCAUGACAUGUAGACCCCAAUGUUCUGCUUUUAUUUCACUUUCAUUUCACGUGGAGAUGUUGGUUCAAGUGUUUAAAAAGGUCAUUGAACGGUUUUGAUUAAGAGCGUCUUUAACCCUUUUCGGAAAUUGGCACGUUGGUCAACUUACAAACCCCCUCAAUCGCUAAAAGGUCCAUUUUCCUUCUUUCAUUUUCUUUCUUCACAGGCACUAAACGUACAACUCGUGAUUAUUGUCACUGUCGAUUAACCUAUCGAUUAUUUUUAAGUCUCGUGGGAAGUUGAAGUCGAUGUCACAUUUCCUCCCCGACACCCCAAAGUAUUAUUUUUAAUGAUAUGAACGGAUAAGAGGAAGACAAUCUCAGCAUCUUAAUGGUCUUAUUGAAUCCGUAAAUAUGAGACAUUUUUACUUGAUAAAUGACCGACACAAUUAUCACAAUUAGAGUUCAUUAUUUUUGUGUUUAUUGAUUAAUAAGCUCAUUGAUUAAUUGUUUCAGCAGUCGUACACUGACCUACAGAAGCGACCAUGUGACCAAUAAUUUUCUACCAGUUUUUUUUUUUUUUUUGUUUGUUUUCCCCCCUGGAUUAAAGGAAGACCGGUCCCUACUCUGCCUCUGGUGGGCUAAUCCUAAUCCUAACCCUAACCUUAACCAGCCAAAUCAUUCCUGGAAUCCGGACAUUCCCAUAACGGAUUGUAGUUGGCCCAUGAGCGUGCUUCCUGAAAAGUCGGUAUAGCCCUUUAGCACCUUUUCAGUCAGGACCUAGCCUGGGACUAAAUUUGAUUUUUACUCUGGUUUAUUCUGGAGUCAUGUUUUGUUUUUUUCCCCCAAACUAACAGAAAUCUAGGAUCUUCUUAACUUGAGGCUGGUUAGCUCUGCUUUGGAGCAGGAUAAGCCUGAAAAAGCUGGGAAAAAACUGUGUUUAAUUGGAAUGAGAUCAUCCUGUCGCUAAAAUACCCUCAACCGUCUGUGUGUGUGUGUGUGUGUGUGUGUGUGUGUGUGUGUGUGUGUGUUCGUCAGCGACAUGAUCAUCCUGUCCCGGCGUCCUUGAGCUGGAAAGUCAAAUCAGACCUCGUGGUAUUUGUAGACGAAGCCUCUCAAGCCGCCCACUUUAGGAGCAUCAACUCCCCCUCAGCCUCCAAAUUUAAACCAGUCCCACUCGCUCUCUCUCCGUGUGCAGUGCUCUUGUUUGAUUGAUUAUCUACUGAUUUCGUAUAAAUAGCAGCCAAGACGAAAACCCUGCAAAACAUCCGCAACAGGAUGUGAGCGCAUCUGGAAUCGAAUGUAAGUCACUGUGGAGAAAAGCUUCAGCGAAAUGCCUCAAAUGUAAAAAAAAAAAUAACUGUUACCCGGGCGGAGGAUCUGCAGGAUCAGUGUCCGACAGCGUGGAGCUAAAAAAAUAAAUAAAAAAUAAAGGCAGCACUAAGAUGUUUUUGGACCCACAGCCGAGCCCGGAGCCACCAGCCUCCAUGAGCCUGGAGCUACAGCGACAUGAAGAUCUACAAGGGAUUCUUUCUUUCUCUUUCUUUCUUUCUUUCUUUCUGUCUGUCUUUCUUUCUUUUUUUCCAUCUUUGUCUUUCUCUCUCUGGCUUUGAGGAAACAGGGACUUAAAGGUGCAGCAGUGCGCCGUGGGACUGCAGCUGUGUUUCUUCUCAUAAUGUGAAUGUGUGUGUGUGCAUUUGUGCAGCCCUUUUUAUCAUUAUUUUUAUUAUUAUUAUUGUUGUUAUGUUUAUGUGUGUGUGUGUGUGUGUUCCCAUCUGUGCUCUUUUAAAAGCCCACCGUGUUUGCGGAAGCUUUCAUGGCAACUGAACGCUGGCACGUUUUGAUGAAGUUCAUUCUCGAGAUCAAGCUGCGCCGCCUGAGAUGGAGGAAACAGGCUUCUUCUUCUUUACGUCUGUGAAACAAUAAUGUCAUGUUUUAUUUAUCCUGCUAGAGCGGUUUUUGUUUUUUGGCGGGGAACUGACUGUCCAUCUCAGGCGAGGCAAGUCAGACGAUUGCAUUUUCCUUUUGUGUGUUUUUAUUUUUUUUUUCCCCCCUUUAUCUUCUCUUUGACAGUACGAGUGUUAAAGUCUCAAUUUCAGUGGCAUUUCCCUUUAAUGAGUGAAUAUCACAUGUGCUCCCUUUAUUUCUUAUUUGAAAUAAUUUGUAUUUCUAAUAUUUGUGUUGUCACGGUACUGGCUGUACAAAAGCUGCAAUGUAAGGGGUGUGUGUGUGUGUGUGUGUGUGCUUUUCUCCAUGUUACACAAUCAUGUUUUCCAAAGUGAGUGUGUUUUAUGGAGAUUCUACUGAUUUUUAAUCUGACGUUAAAUGCUGGCUGUGUUGUAUGGAAUCGCAUUUUUGAAAACAUGAACGUGACAAAUCGAUGGUUAAAUAAAUGUGUUAAAUAAAUGUC